UGCAGCAAUAAACAUAUAGCAUCAGUCCACUCAUUGCUUCAAUUGUGUUAAUUAAGCCUUAUAUAGGUUUCUUCAUCAAUUCGUCAUGAAUACGGGAUUUAUGGGAAUAUAGAUACGAUAGUUGUUUACGGUUGUGCAACGCCAUCCUAAAUCAUCGCUGAUUGCGUCGACUGGCGACAUCAAGCUCUCAAGUCAUGGCGAUUCUCGAAGAAUUUCUAGAGUCUAUCCUGAAGUUCCUGAGGACAAAAGACUCAACAAAUCUACAGCUAUGGCUUCGAGUUGAACCUCCCCUCCCCGAUCAUUAUUUCCAACUUGGUCAGGAAUUGAGAGCAUCAUUCCAAAAUAGUACUGCACUCGAACGACAAAUUGCCAAACUCCUACCAGACGACCCCGACGCAAGUUACGAAGAUGGCAACGUUUGGCCAGGAUUUUUGGCUUUCAUGAAGGACUAUUUGGAAUUCUGGAGAGAUGUCAAUUUUGAGGAUUUGUUGGAAACACAUUCACAGCUCACAGCUUUAGCAAGGUAAAUUGGGUCUAUUGACUUUCAGUCAAUCUACUAACCGUAUGCGAUGCAGUACUUGUCUAGCAGCUUUGUCCAAUCCAACGUAUGGGAUAGUGAUACUACCGACGGCUAUCCAACUUUCUACCGCCCUCGCUAAACUUGCCAUGACCCUCGACAAACGACCGGAUUUGACUAGACGAGUGCGAAGAGUCGCCGAUGUCGAUGCAGGUGAAAAUAGGAAGACUUUGGUAGAAGGCACUGCAGAAACAAUCCAACGCGCGUUUACUGUUUGCUUGACGGAAAGAACCACAAACAGAAAUGGAGUAGGGGCGGAUGGAAAGCCAGAGGGAAAGAAAGUUGGAAUAUACUCAUUCGCGAAUUUGGCUUUGAAACUCUUCUUCCAAGUAUGGUGGCCUUCAAUCGAUCCAUGGAUUAAUACUGAAUGGUCCCGUAGUGCCGGAAAACACGAUUGGCGAAUCAACUCAUCACAAAUAUUACCCAGCACUCCCCACCAUUGGAGCUUUAUCCGGCAAGCCAAAGGGUGACAUAUCUCUAUUACCUUGGGCGUUACUUCUUUUCGAAUACCCACUUCUAUCUCGCGCAGUGCAGCCUUCAAGCUGCUUACAACCAGUGCCAUGCCCAGUGCAUUAAUCAACGACGUCUAAUCUUGAUCUACCUAAUAUCAUCGAAUAUGAUACUCGGUCGAUUUCCUUCUCGCCCUUUCAUGUCGCGCCCCGAAGCUGCUGGGAUUCUCGAAAAGUUCACACCUAUUGUCAAAGCCAUAAAAUUAGGUGAUAUGAUUGCUUUUAAGCGCUCUCUGGGACCAGAAGGUGGAAAUGAAAAAUGGUUCUUCGACAAGGGAAUUCUUUUGCCACUAUUGUAUCGCUGCGAACCAUAUGUGUGGCGUUCACUUGCUCGACGAGUCUUGUGUUUGACAUACCAAUGGCCAUUCGACCCUAACUCCAAAAAAGCACCGACUCUAAAUCUUGUUGAUUUGGUCACAGCUGCGCAGUAUUGCCAGAAGGUCCUUGAAGGUUGGGAGCGACCUGUAGAUACUACUGCUUUUAUGCAGUCUGGUCGCACACAUACAAAUACAAUGUUCAUGACGGCACCGGACCUAAUGAAGCCACCUCCAGGCACAGUGAAAAUUUCUGCAAAUGUUGGGGUAAUUUGGGGUAGCAAAAUGCCAGAUAUGUUGGAUAUUGAAGCGAUUGUUGCAAGUUUAGUUCAACAAGGAUUAUUGAGGGGGUUUAUAAGUCAUAUACAAGGAAAAUUUGCGAUUUUGGGCGCAAAACAAAGGGGUGGACCAUUGAAUGCAGGUUUCCCGACUAUCUGGGAAGUUAUUAAGGAUAGAGCUGAGAAAGAGGGACAUGGUAAUGAAGUACCUGGUUGGGUCACGGGCGACAGCGCUGGGUUUACUAGUGGAGGAGUCGUCAAUUUGACUGGAAUCGCUCGGCCAGCUGGGGCAACAUGAGCAAGAACGAAUUCGAAAUAAUCAAAAAAUACGGAAUAUAUUAGAGAUUAAUACCAGCCUUCCGAGCCGACGCGAUUGUUCGCUGUCCCACAAAUCGAUCUCGCUCACUGUGACUACUUCCUCUUUAGAAAUUUUACAGAAUAUCGGCAAAAGAGAGCCUACCUAUGUGGUCGCCAAGGAAUUUCGCAGGGCACAAUCACCAUUGCAUUCACCGGACAACAGAAACAACUUCGGCUUCUCAAUUUGUAGCACAGUCAGCCGCAACACCACUAUAAUGUACAUCACAUCUCUCGAAUUUUUUCGAUAAGAUUCAGCAUAGAGCAUUUCCAAGAGAUAAUUUUAUGUCUUGGUACAUCAUACAACCGCACAAAAUGCAUCAUGAUACUAAUUUUAUAUAUUUCAGCUCCUCUUCAUCAUAACAAUAGCGGAGACAGUGAUAUCAUCUUUUGAUCGAUUUGUGGUGAAGAGGCUUUAAAGAAUAUUCUUUUCACAAGGAAUGAACUUCUAUACCCAUGAUAGGGUAUUCAAUACCGUUGUAUAUGAUUUGUAUAUCUUCACAAUAAACACCAAGUUAAAUUUGUAGCGAAAUUAAAUGAUAAUAUAUAAUCUUAAGAUUAUAUAGCGGAUAAUUACCGAAAGACUAAAUUCUAUUUAAGUUGAUUUAUCGCCUACUAAGAUGGAAAACGGAUAAAAGAAUGAAAAUAGGAAAUUCGAGAAUUCUUUCUAAUGUCUUGUGUCUAGAGUUUUGUGUUCUUACUUGGGAAUGUUUUUACGUAUAUAUUUCAUUUCG